CUCCCCGCGCUGCGGCGGCGCUCGGCGGCGGCUCCCCUCCCGCCGCGGCCGCCAUGUUGUGCAGCUGCGAGCUCGGCGGCGGCUGCUGCGUGUGACCGCGGGAGGGAGGCAGGGAGAAGGCGAGGAGAACGGGAGGGAGGGCGGCAGGGAGGCAGCCCUCCCCGCGCCGCCGCUCGGCGCGCGCACGCACGCACACACACGCCGGGAAGGAAGGAUGCCCUUUGCCUGUGGAGGCGAGGCCGGGAGAGCAUCUCCUCGCCGCUGGGAGUGAAGCCGCCGCCGGGGCCUCCCGGCCCGCAGCCAGAGCGGGGCCGCCGCGUUCCUUCCCGCCGCAGGACGCGCAGCGGAGGAGCAGCAGGAAAAGCAGGGUGGGCGGCCAUGGGGCGGCUCUGACAGGGCUACGGGCGUUCUCCCGCCGCCCUUCGGCGCAGCAGAGGAGGAGAGGGCGGCGAUGAAGACUUUAGCUUUUUCCAGUCACUGAAAGGCCUUAAAAGGAGACUCGUAAUAAUAAUAAUUAAAAAGGAAACCCCAUUGCAAACUGAAACAACCAUGUCUGGAGAAGUGCGUCUGAAGCAGUUGGAGCAGUUUAUUUUGGAUGGGCCAACUCAGACUAAUGGGCAGUGCUUCAGCGUGGAAACCUUGCUGGAUAUACUCAUCUGCCUGUACGACGAAUGUAACAAUUCCCCUCUGAGAAGAGAGAAGAACAUACUCGAGUAUCUAGAAUGGGCCAAACCAUUUACAUCUAAAGUGAAACAGAUGCGACUACAUAAAGAAGACUUUGAAAUCCUGAAGGUGAUUGGUCGAGGAGCCUUUGGUGAGGUUGCAGUAGUAAAACUGAAGAAUGCAGAUAAAGUUUUUGCCAUGAAGAUACUUAAUAAGUGGGAGAUGCUGAAGAGAGCUGAAACAGCGUGUUUUCGAGAAGAGAGAGAUGUGUUAGUGAAUGGAGAUAACCAGUGGAUCACAACAUUACAUUAUGCGUUCCAGGAUGAAAACUAUUUAUACCUGGUUAUGGAUUAUUAUGUUGGAGGAGACCUGCUUACAUUGCUCAGCAAGUUUGAGGACAGAUUACCUGAAGAUAUGGCCCGUUUUUAUUUGGCUGAAAUGGUGAUAGCUAUUGAUUCUGUGCAUCAGUUGCAUUAUGUCCACAGGGAUAUUAAACCCGACAACAUCUUGAUGGAUAUGAAUGGCCAUAUUCGAUUAGCAGAUUUUGGUUCUUGUCUGAAACUGAUGGAAGAUGGAACGGUUCAAUCUUCAGUAGCUGUUGGGACGCCAGACUACAUCUCUCCAGAAAUUUUGCAGGCCAUGGAAGAUGGAAAAGGGAAGUAUGGGCCUGAGUGUGACUGGUGGUCCCUAGGCGUUUGCAUGUAUGAAAUGCUUUAUGGAGAAACACCCUUUUAUGCUGAGUCCUUGGUGGAGACCUAUGGGAAAAUAAUGAACCACAAAGAGAGGUUCCAGUUUCCUGCUCAAGUGACAGAUGUCUCUGAAAGCGCAAAGGACCUCAUCCGAAGGCUAAUUUGUAGCAGAGAGCAUCGACUUGGGCAGAACGGGAUAGAAGACUUUAAGAACCAUCCAUUUUUUGCUGGGAUUGACUGGGACAACAUUAGAAACUGUGAUGCACCUUACAUCCCAGAAGUCAGCAGCCCCACUGAUACAUCAAACUUUGAUGUGGAUGAUGAUUGCUUAAAAAAUUCUGAGACGAUGCCUCCUCCAUCACACACUGCGUUUUCUGGCCAUCAUUUACCAUUUGUAGGUUUCACAUAUACGAGUAGCUGUGUGCUUUCAGACCGCAGCUGUUUAAGACUGACAGCUGGACCACCCUCCAUGGAUCUUGAUGCCAACAUUCAAAGAACUUUGGAGGACAGUUUAGCAACAGAAGCUUAUGAGAGGAGAAUAAGACGUCUAGAGCAAGAGAAACUUGAACUCAGUAGAAAACUGCAAGAGUCCACUCAGACAGUCCAGGCUCUUCAGUAUUCAACAGUGGAUGGCCCAAUUGCAGCAAGCAAAGAUUUAGAAAUUAAAAACUUAAAAGAAGAAAUUGAAAAGUUGAAGAAACAAGUAACAGAUUCUGGUCAUCUAGAACAGCAACUUGAAGAGGCCAGCACUGCAAGGCGGGAGUUGGACGAUGCUUCCAGACAAAUAAAGGCUUUUGAGAAACAGGUUAGAACGUUGAAGCAAGAGAGGGAAGAUCUUAAUAAGGAACUGGCAGAGUCUAGUGACAGAUUAAAAUCCCAAGCCAAAGAGCUGAAAGAUGCACACAGCCAGCGGAAAUUGGCAAUGCAGGAGUUCUCAGAGAUGAACGAGCGGCUGACAGACUUGCACUCUCAAAAACAAAAGCUUGCCCGCCAGCUCCGAGAUAAGGAAGAAGAAAUGGAAGUGGUGAUGCAAAAAGUAGAAAGUUUAAGGCAAGAGUUACGCAGAACAGAGAGACUUAAAAAAGAACUGGAAGUCCAAGCUGAAGCUGCGGCUGCUGAGGCAUCCAAAGACAGGAAAUUGCGAGAGCGGAGCGAACAGUACUCUAAACAGUUGGAAAGCGAAGUAGAAGGUCUAAAGCAAAAACAGAUUGGUCGCUCACCCGGGGUAAGCAGUAUAGAACACCAGCAAGAGAUCACUAAAUUAAAGGCAGACCUGGAAAAGAAAAGCGUUUUCUAUGAAGAGGAACUAUCUAAACGUGAAAUAAUGCAUGCUAAUGAAAUUAAAAGUCUGAAGAAGGAGCUACGAGAUGCAGAGAGCCAGCAGCUUGCCCUUAAGAAGGAGAUCAUGAUUUUGAAAGACAAGUUAGAGAAAACCAGAAGAGAAAACCAAAGUGAAAGAGAGGAAUUUGAAACAGAGUUCAAACAGAAGUAUGAACGGGAAAAGAUUCUGCUAACAGAGGAAAAUAAAAAACUUUCAAAUGAACUUGAUAAGCUCACCACCAUGUUUGAGAGGCUGAGUAUGAAUAACCGGCAGCUGGAAGAAGAAAUGAGAGACCUAGCUGAUAAAAAGGAGUCUGUGGCCCACUGGGAGGCCCAAAUUACUGAGAUCAUCCAGUGGGUAAGUGAUGAAAAAGAUGCUCGAGGUUAUCUUCAAGCCUUGGCCUCUAAAAUGACGGAAGAACUAGAGGCCCUGAGGAACUCCAGUUUGGGUGCAAGAGCUACAGACAUGCCGUGGAAGAUGCGGCGUUUUGCAAAGCUAGAUAUGUCUGCAAGGUUGGAACUGCAGUCAGCUCUUGAUGCUGAAAUCCGGGCCAAACAGGCUAUUCAAGAUGAGUUGAAUAAAGUCAAAGCUUCCUGUAUCUCUACAGAGUGUAAAUUGCAAGAAUCUGAGAAGAAGAACUUGGAACUGUUGACAGAUAUUGAAAGGCUGAAAAAGGAGACAGAAGAACUUAGAUCAGAAAAGGGUGUAAAGCACCAAGACUCACAGAAUUCUUUCUUGGCAUUUUUGAAUGCGCCUACCUCUGCUCUGGAUCAAUUUGAAAUUGAUUCAGUUGAGAACUUUACAUUAUCCAAUACGCCAUCACGGGAUGAAGAUACUAAGUCUCACCUCCAUUCAAGAUCAAGAUCUCCUUCUACAGCUAGUGAAAUCGAACCAAUUGAGGUUACAGAUCACCCUCCUCGAUCACUUCACACACCAACCAUGAGGACAGCGUAUAUUGGAUCGGGACUCUCUGCACCAAAGCCUAAAGCCCACCAGUUUGUAGUGAAAUCAUUUAAUAUCCCAACAAAAUGCAAUCAGUGCACAUCUCUAAUGGUUGGUUUAAUAAGACAGGGCUGCACUUGUGAAGUGUGUGGAUUCUCCUGCCAUGUGACCUGUGCAGACAAGGCCCCUGCAGUAUGUCCAAUCCCUCCCGAACAGACUAAGGGCCCUUUGGGAAUAGAUCCACAGAAAGGUAUAGGAACAGCUUAUGAAGGACAUGUCCGAGUACCAAAACCAGCUGGAGUAAAGAAAGGUUGGCAGAGAGCACUGGCAGUAAUCUGUGAUUUUAAACUCUUCCUGUAUGACAUAGCAGAAGGAAAAGCAUCCCAGCCAAGUGUGGUAGUGAGUCAGGUCAUAGACAUGAGGGAUGAAGAAUUCUCAGUGAGUUCUGUCUUGGCUUCGGAUGUCAUCCAUGCAAAUCGAAAAGAUAUCCCCUGUAUCUUUAGAGUCACAGCUUCCCAACUCUCUGCAACCAGUAAUAAGUGUUCAAUCCUGAUUCUAACAGACGGUGAGAAUGAAAAAAGCAAGUGGGUAGGAGUGCUGAAUGAAUUGCAUAGGAUCUUGAAGAAGAACAAACUCAAAGACCGCUCAGUCUAUGUUCCCAAAGAAGCUUAUGACAGCACCUUACCCCUCAUCAAAACAACACAGUCAGCAGCAAUCAUAGACCAUGAAAGAAUAGCACUGGGGAAUGAAGAAGGGUUAUUUGUUGUGCAUGUCACCAAAGACGAGAUAAUCCGUGUUGGUGAUAAUAAGAAGGUUCAUCAGAUUGAGCUUAUCCCAAGCGAACAGCUCAUUGCAGUUAUCUCAGGACGAAACCGUCACGUGCGACUUUUCCCUAUGACAGCCCUGGAUGGAAGGGAGACUGAGUUUUAUAAGUUGGCAGAAACAAAAGGCUGCCAGUCAAUAGUUUCUGGACACGUGCGCCAUGGAGCCCUUACAUGCCUGUGUGUAGCUAUGAAAAGGCAGGUCCUCUGUUACGAACUAAAUCAGAGUAAGACCCGUCACAAAAAGAUCAAGGAGAUCCAAGUUCAGGGGAACGUCCAGUGGAUGUCGAUCUUCAGUGAGCGUCUUUGUGUGGGCUACCAGUCAGGUUUCUUAAAACAUCCCCUUCAUGGAGAAGGCAGCCCAUACAGUCUGCUCCAUCCAGAUGACCACACGCUAUCGUUUAUCUCACAGCAGCCAACCGAUGCCAUCUGUGCAGUCGAAAUCUCAAAUAAAGAAUACCUGCUGUGUUUUAGCAGCGUAGGGGUUUACGUUGACUGCCAGGGCCGAAGAUCGAGACAACAAGAAUUGAUGUGGCCUGCAACUCCAUCAUCUUGCUGUUACAAUGCACCAUACCUCUCUGUGUAUAGCGAAAAUGCAAUUGAUAUCUUUGACGUGAACUCCAUGGAGUGGAUUCAAACUAUUCCUCUCAAGAAGGUACGACCCUUGAAUACAGAAGGAUCACUCAACCUUUUAGGUUUGGAGACAGUUAGAUUAAUAUAUUUCAAAAACAAAAUGGCAGAGGGUGAUGAACUGGUGGUUCCUGAAACAUCAGAUAACAGCCGGAAGCAAAUGGUUCGAAACAUCAACAACAAGCGCCGCUAUUCAUUCAGAGUGCCAGAAGAGGAGAGGAUGCAGCAGAGGAGGGAGAUGCUACGCGAUCCAGAAAUGAGAAAUAAAUUAAUUUCUAACCCAACUAAUUUUAACCACAUAGCACAUAUGGGUCCUGGAGAUGGUAUACAGAUUCUCAAAGACCUUCCAAUGCAACAGCAAGGGCGGCAGGCCCAUGUGAUACCAUGUAAGGAAGGUGCUCAGAGGACUGGGGGUGACAAUAAUCUUCGGCCUCAGGAAAGUCGGACCGUAUUCAGUGGCUCUGUCAGUAUCCCAUCGAUCACGAAAUCCCGCACAGAACCAGGACGAUCGAUGAGCGCAAGCAGUGGGUUAGCAGCAAGAUCAUCUGCACAAAAUGGCAGUGCAUUGCGGAGGGAAUUCUCAGGAGGUAGCUAUGGAGCAAAGCGUCAGCCUAUGGCAUCGCCCUCAGAUGGUUCGUUAUCCUCUGGUGGCCUGGACCAAGGCAGUGAUGCGCCAACAAGGGACUAUGAGCGAGAGGACUCCGACUCGCCGAGACACUCCACUGCGUCAAACAGCUCCAACCUCAGCAGCCCUCCCAGCCCUGUUUCUCCUCACAAGACCAAGAGCCUCUCCCUGGAGAGCUCUGACCACGUGAGUUGGGACUCAUGAACUGCUUCAGCAUUCAGAUUUGACACCACAGCAGCUUGCUGUCCCCUUCACUUGCUCCAGUUCACACCUUCACCAUCCUAACCCUCCUCAUUCCCCACUCGAAAGUCAACUGGGAGUCGGAUAGAGAGGAAGGUAGAAGCUGGUUGUCUUCAGUGCUGCCUCACCCUCCCUUCCCCAGAUUUGACAGCAGCGAAUGAGCAAAGCUAGGGUGUUGGUAAAUAAUCAGAUGCUGUAGAUUUGUAUUAGUAUUGGUUUCAUCUUUUGCGGUUACAGCUGCUUUCAUUUUCAAAGACAUAUAUUUAUCGUACCCCAUGAUUCCCUCAAAAGGAACUUAAAUAGACCAGACCAGUAUCGGCAAGAGAAAAUCUAGAGGGAUUGUUUUUCAUACAAUAGCUCAUUGUACUGUACAGAAGCAGGACAGAGACCCCUUCCCCUGCAUGGGGAAUGAUCGGUAUGUCAGAGGCACAUAAGAGCUUUCAGCCACCACGUUUGAAUGUCAAUCUGAUUGUUGCCAGCAAAUCCUUAUUAAGAUGAUGCAUAUUUUACUACAGUACAGAGUUUAAAUAAAUACACAGAUGUUAGAGUAAAAUAUGUAUGUAUAUAUUAAAAAAGAAAAAAAAAAGAGAAAAAAAAAAGCAUUGUGUAUGCAGCAGAAGAUGGAUGCUUAUUUAAGAGAGCCUUUAAUUUAAGAUUUGUGUUGUCCCUGUUUUCAAGCUUGGAGAUAUACAGACCUGGAGGCCUGGCCUAAAACCUUUCACAGGACAGAUAUUCCUUUCGCGGAUCAUUCGCUGCACUGCCAGGAGAAGCCCCUGCAGUUCUUUCCCAGCGUUCUUUAUUUCUGGCAGUAGCAUCUGAGGCUAUAAUUCUUAAGGUCAUGUUAAUCCCCAUCCUUUGCAAAAAUGACAAUGCUUGGAAAGCAACCUCCUGCCCCGACACCCGAGGGCGCCCAUCAGCCAGCUGGCUGCGCUGGGUGCUGGUGUGUGGCUGUGCAGCUGAGAAACCUGCAGUAGAGGUCUUUACAGCAGCAGGGGAGCUCAGCGCCACAGGAUUCAGCAGGAAAACUGUUUCCCUGGGUCAGCCUUUCACCGGGCUUCACUAGGAAGGGAGCGGUCUUCCACAUCUCUUUCAUUAUCCCUUGACAGAAACCUGUUACUGUUGUUACCAAAUACUAGUUUAUAAUACACAUCAGCCAAAUGAGUGCUCUUACCCUGAAGCUAGCUACUGCUGGCUCUGCUGUCACUGUAGCAACAACGAACCUUGAAGACUGACCUCACACUGUUCACACUGUGGCCAUCACAGAUGCCUGGUCGCCCACAACUGCCGUGUGGGUAAGGUUGGUUUUCCGCUCCCUCCCCACCCGUGCUGUGGGUCUGUGCAAUUUGCAGUUGUUUCUAUGUGCUCACCUGCUGUUCGGUUCCAGAAGCAGGCCAGGAAGGCAGAAAGUAUUGCAGAGGAUGACAGAGCCCACUGAGGUUGCAAAAAUAAGUAAAAAGCCGAAGCUGGUCAUGCAGUCACCGGAAUAAAGUGAGAGACUGACGUACAAAGGGACGGUAAGAGGAAGAUCUCUCUCUCUUUAGGUAGCAAGACAGAUGCAUUUUUCAUUUAGGAGUGUUCAGAUGAGCCUCUUUUCUCAGUAGUAUUGUUGCUGGCAUUAUACUAUGACCAUUCUCAAACAUGUAAGGGCUUUUUGUAUUUAGAAUACUGUUUUUUGUGGGUUUCAGAAACUCGCUAUGGCUCUUAAACCAUUCCAUGUUCUUGCAGUUAGCGGUAAUAUUGUGUUUCACCCACACAGAAAUGUUUGGAGUUUUCCAGUUUCUGUCUUCUGUAGUGGAAGUUAUAGGCAAGUUCAGACCGUGUACAGUAAUUUCCAGAUAUGAGCUAAAUGUGGGACAGGGGAUGAGACGCAGCGCUAAUCGCCUGUACCAUUUUAUCUUGCUGGGUCUCCUCAGUAAGAUUUCUCUUUCACCCUAAAUUGAGGCUUGUCUGAGUUUAAGCUCAUUCAGUGUUACGUUAGGACAGGAAUUCAACGUUUUGUUUUAAUAACCAUCAUAUCAAAACCUGUCUCUCUCCAGUUUGGGUUUUUCAGAGUAGCAAGACGGUAGUGGUGGUUUGUUUUCACUUCAAAGCUACUACUGUUGCAAGCCUUUAAUGUUAAAGGCCUUAGCCAGCAGCUAAGCACUUGAAAUGAAUUCCUCCCAGAACAGGUUUUCAUUUUUCUGAGGGACGGAGAGGCAGAGUGUUAUUGGCAUCACUAGAACUCCGCAUCAGCUUCUUUUUACAGGCUGCCUAUUGCUUCCAGUAUAGUCACUGCUUUUCCCCACAAUUCCCUCCUUUUGGUGAAGCAUGUCCACACACUUCUCAAAGCCUUUGCAGACUAGUUUUGUAUUUACUGUAUGUUGUAUUUAAACAUUAACCUUAUUUUGAUAUCGAGAGAAGGCAUUUAAACAAUAGUCACGUAAGGUAGAGCCGCCUGUGCGACGAGUCCCCUGAGGGAGGGUCACCGCAUCGUCUGUGUGGAUGUUUUUGCAGUUGAGUUAAUGCUCUGUCUGAAAAUGGAACCCAAAGGGCCACGACACAGCAAAUAAUUAGAACGACCAAACACGCCCGGUGCCUGCAAGCUAUUGCUAGCCCCAACCCCCAACAAAUGGGCAUUUUCAGGCAGAGCAGAGGGCAGCUAUGUGACACGAUGCUCCGCAGGAUGAGCUCCACAGGACUACACUGUUUGUGCACCACAGUUUCUAAGCCUGGGCAGUUUCCUUUAGGAUUGCUAUGUUUAAUCAGUAGUUUGGUACUGUGCUUUUUUAUACGCAUCUGUUAAAAAGAGAAACAGCAACUGUUCUCUCAGUUGAAAAGCAAAUGACCACAUCACUUAUUGGAAAAGAGAAAUGUCGUCCUGGGACUUGAAUAGUUUUUAUGUACUUGGGGACCAUUUGGUUAUACACUCAAUCUUAAACCACGCUCAUCUUUUUUGUUGGCACGAACACGGAAAACAAAAGCAUUCUGUAGCUGAGCUUUAUGCGUUGGGCUGGGGCAAGCAGCUCGGUCAUUUGAACUGUAGGACUUUUGCCUGGUAUCUCAAUGACAGUUGUCUCUUAAGGUUUGAUGUCUGCUGCUUUGCACUGUAGCAUUGUUUCACCUCCACAGUUUGAGGGCUGCAACUUGUCCGGGGAGCUUGAAACCUCCCCUUCAGACUUUGACUGUAGCAGAUGUUCUGUGUACGCAGUUCCGUGUCUAGCUGAUUUUUUCCUUUUGGCUGAGACUGAAGGUAUCUUGCAUUUAUGACACUACUUAAACAUAUGGGCUGUUGGUUUUUUGCUUUUUAUUGAUAAUUUUGGUGGCAACAAAGGAUCUGAAGAUUCAGGCAGCUACUAAGGACUCCAGGUUAGAGAACGCAAAGGUUUGGUCAGUAGAUUUCCCCUGCACGUGCAUGGACCCAGACGUGAGCUUUCCUUCCACGUUUCCUACACCCAAAAGCAGGGUUAGAGUACACUCUGCUCCGUUGUAUCUGACCUGUAGAAAACAGCUGGUGACUCCAGAAACCCAUGUCUGUUGCUGUGGAAGCGGCUGCUUUUCCUCUCUGUUAGCUGCUGCAGCUUGUUAGGAAUGCACGUUUUGCUCAUUUUAGCGAGUUUCAAAGCUUGCCGUGUCUGAUUUGAUUCUGAUAAACUGAACGGCCAGCUGUGUUAGUCUCAGGUAUGCAGCAGAGGGAAGUACAGGGUCUUGUCGUAACAAAGAAAUCCCCAGAGCAUCGUGUUCUUAUGGAAACAGCAGUUCACGGAGCCUUUCAAAAAUAAAACGCCUGGCCUGUUCACAGAGAAACAGACACCAACCAGCAUCGUACUGUCUUGCACAGCAGGACCCUGAAUGACAGAACAAACACGCUCUUGGGUAGAAGUAGUUACUCGUUCCGUUUUGUGCACAUCAUUUAGUUUUAUACAACUACGUUAAAGGUCAAAUCUAUCACAGUGCAACUACCCCUACCUCCUUAGCCUGGGAAUCAAAGUGGCAGGUGUAGCUUCUGCUGUGGGUUUCUGGGUUUCUUCUUUUUACAUAGGAGUCGGUUGCUCGAAGGAAAGGGGUGCUUUUCUGCACUAGAACCAAAGCGUGCAGAAGGGCACGGCUGUGUUCAGGCUGCGUUUGGCAGGUGCCCUCAGAAGCAGGUCUACGGACUUUCCGUGCUAAAUUCAAACUCCACUUUGUCUUUCUUUCCAGCCACAGCUUUGUAUAACCUGUUCUCACUUUGCGUUUGAGAAAGUCUCAUCCACAGGGAAGAAAUCCACAAACAAACCAGUGUUGGUAAUUCAGAGCAAUUAUACCUGCCUUUUUAUGUAUGACAGUUUCAUAUCAUUUAUUUUUAAAAUAUGGGAUUUUUUAGGUUUUUCAUUGUAAUAUUAUUGUACAGUUUUGCAUGGCAUAGAUGUAAUCACUUUUUUGUUUUAGAUUAUAAAAGCUGACAAGUGUGCGUGUGGGGGAAAGAUUCUGCUUUUUGCCUCUUCUCACUGUUUUGUUUAAUGCCCUCAAUGUUGUAGGGGACAUUGUAAGAGAUUCUCUGCUACAGAACAAUGAUGUAGAUUCUUUUGCACAGAAAUAUUUAAGGUGGAAAAGUCAACAAUGUAAAAAUGACUUACCACCAAUAUUUUAUGUUGGUAACACUUAAUAUUAACCUACUUUGAUGUACUGCAAUAAAACAGGGAACUGUUAGAAAUGCA